GUGCAGUCCACAAAGUCACACGCACACACACACACAUAAUACACACACACAUCUACACACACACUACUCUCUCUUUCUCUUAUAAAUGCACGUUUGAGCCUCUGGAAGAAAGUCAAAGACGGGGGGCGGAGAAGCCUCGCUUGAAUCACAGCGAUGUUGCACAGAUCAAUUCUAUUCGCCUUCCUAGUGUGCAUUCAACUCGGGAGCAGGUCGGCGGCAAAUGAAAUCGUCCCACAAGUUGAAGAGCAGAACGACCCAGCGGCGUCUCGAAGGACGAGGCUGUCGGCGCAGAACUCAGCUGAAAUCAUCCGGUGCCUGAACAAUGCUCUCCAUGUGGGCUGUGGGGCGUUUGUGUGCCUGGAGAACUCCACCUGUGACACCGACGGCAUGUACGACAUCUGCAGGUCCUUUCUGUACAGUGCUGCUAAAUUCGACACUCAGGGAAAAGCCUUCGUUAAGGACAGUUUAAAGUGCAUCGUCAACGGCAUCACAUCCAAGGCCUUCUUCACCAUUCGUAGAUGUUCCGCUUUUCAGAAGAUGAUCGCAGACAUUCAGGAGGAUUGUUACAGGAAGCUGGACAUCUGCACAAUGGCCAAACGUAACGCCGCUGCAAUAACAGAAGUGAUCCAGCUCCCUGCACGUUUAAAGAACAGGUAUUACAACAAGCUACUGAGAAGCCUUCUGGAGUGUGAUGAGGAGACAGUGAACAGCAUAAGGGAGAACAUGAUGGCGGGGCUGGGCUCUCACCUGUCGGGCUUCAUCCACUUGCUGCAGAGUGACCGCUGCCUGACCUUGCCCAACCGGGGAACCUUCAACAGCCGCUCCUCGGCCGAACACCAGAAGCUCCGCAUCUUCCUGCGAAAUCUCAGCAGUAACGAGUCUCCCCCCCGGAGAGGCCCCAAGCUGAGCUCGGCUGAGAACGAGUGAUGAUCGGAGGGGGGGGGGAGGGG